CCUUGAUUAGGUGUGUGUUAGAGUGUGAGGGCAUCUAUCUUUCCAUCAUUCCAAAAUCAGCAGCAUCUGGGAGCCAUUCCCAAUCUUCCCAUCUCUCUCUCUCUCUCUCUCUCUCUCUCACUCACUCCUUUCCCCCUUAUCCUUUCUCAAUCCCCCUUUCACGUAGCCACCCUGCUCCUUCUCCACGCCCCUGCAGUCUCCUCCUGUCCUGCGUCUUCUUGCUCUGUCCUUAAGUCCUCUCUUCUCUGAAAGGCAGGAUGAGGGGUGGUGUGUGUGUGUGGUGUGUAGGCCUCCUGGUUUUGGGGUUGCGAUGGGCACAAGGACAAAGUCAAACCAACUUCACAAGGCCAAUUUUCCGAUGUGGGGGUCAUUUAACGACAGAUUCAGGCUUUGUGGCUAGUGAAGACUUCCCCACCCAUUACAAACCCAACUCCAAAUGCACCUGGUACAUCUCUGUUCCAGAGGGUCAGGUGGUCAUGCUUCAGUUCCGUAUCUUCGACCUGGAGGCUGACCCCACCUGUCGCUACGACUACGUGGAUGUGUACAACGGUCACACGUAUACGGUACAGAAGCUGGGCCGCUUCUGUGGAACGUUCCGGCCCGGGGCUCUUAUCUCUACCUCCAACCUCAUGAUGCUGGAGAUGGUGUCUGAUUCGGGCAGGGGAGGGCGUGGCUUCCUGGCUUUCUUCAGCGGUGGAAAGCCACAUGUGGACGAGAAUCAGUUUUGUGGUGGCAAGUUGACAAAGCCUCACGGAUCACUGAAGACUCCAAACUGGCCAGAAUCUAAUUACCCAACAGGCAUCAGUUGUUCCUGGCACAUCUCUGUUGCGUCCAACAUGGUGAUUGAGGUAAAGUUUGAGAAGCUGGAUCUGGAGGCAGAUAAAUACUGUCGCUUUGACUACGUGGCAUUAUUUAAUGGUGGAGAAUCAGACAAUUCACGACGUAUUGGAAAAUUCUGUGGAGAUAUAGCACCAGAGCCUGUUGUGAGCAGAGGAAACGAACUAUUAGUGCAGUUUGUAUCUGACCUCAGUUUGGCAGGAGCAGGUUUCAUGGCACAUUAUAAAAGUAUCCCACGUGGCUCUCGAACUGCAACACCGACCCUGGACACUGUGCCUGGACCUAGAAUCGACUCUGACCUUGUUAACUCAGUUCCUAAACCUACAACAUCUAAACCCAAGCCUACAACUAAACCUAAGCCAAAGAUUCCUAAGCCUUCCAGACCUACUCUCAAACCAGCCAUACCUAAACCAGCAAGACCUACAUCUAAGCCCAAGCCUAAGCCUCCAAAAAAACCUACUGCUAGGGUUACACCAAAACCUGCAGUAAAACCAACUCCAAAGCCUAAAACUAAACCAACUCCAAAGCCUAAAACUAAACCAACUCCAAAGCCUAAAACUAAACCAACUCUGAAGCCUAAAACUAAACCAACUCCAAAGCCUAAACCAAAUAUUAAGCCUGGUGUUAAGGCCACAACCAAACCAGCCACUAAGCCAGCAAAGCCUACACCUCCAUCUAAAGCCAAGCCCAAACCCAAGCUAGUUGUGAAAACUACCAUGAAACCAAAGAUCAAACCUGCCACCAACACAAGCACCAAGCUCAACCCUACAGGAAACAAGACACAGAAUCCACAGUGUGCACAGCCAUGUAAGAGGACAGGCACUCUUCUGACCAGCUUCUGUCCCAGCGACUUUGUGCUGUCAGGGAAGGUGACAUCAGUGAACCCAGGCCCUCGUGGUAGUGUUGAGGUGGAUGUGUACAUCAUGAAGACCUAUAAGGCAGGCAAACUUAAGAUCACCAAAAGAGGACCGAUUAUAUCUGUCAGUCUAUCCGUUCCCUGCCCGAAAUGCCCUGUGCUCCAAAAAGGAAUAAACUACGUGUUGAUGGGCCAGGUAAAUGAAGAAGGACGUGGAAUUCUGAACCCUUCCAGCUUUGUCCUACUCCAUAAGCCGGUGCAUGAUAAAGCACUGGCCAUGCUCGCUAAGAAAACAUGCUAACCUCACCUUGGCUCCACCAGUCACAGUGUUGGGAACCAGUUUUAAUCUCUGAGGUGGGAAAAUGGCGGUUAUUAAGUUUAUUACUGAACCUUAUAAAACAAAUCACUUCAAUUUUUAAACAGAUCAAUGCAUCCUGUUGCCACUACUACAAAUGAAGUGUGUAUCUACCUUUAAAAUAUUAUUCACCUCAACGUAAAACACAGAAACUAGAAGACUUUUAAACUUUCACUAAGAUCUGUGCACAUGACAUAAAUAUGUGGAGCGGAUUUGUUACCCUGCAAUACAUGGUCUAGUAUUAUUUGUGCUGGACAGAUCACAAUGUAUUUUUAUUUUUAAAUUAUAUAAAGUUCUUUGAUUAAAGGAUUUUAACUACA